AUGUGGCUCUUGUGCUUUGGAGCUCUCUUGUCGCAAGCCGGGGCCAUUGUCGUGAAGCCCGCGCAGAACGCUGCGAAGGCCUUGAACGUGCAGAACGUGCCCCCGUGCGCAGGUACAGGCCCGAUCUCCCUGCUGCAAGACCCCGUCCAGGAUGCCUUUGACAGGAUCUACACAAGGCACAGUUGGGGUGGCGACGGAGUUCAUUGGUCCAAGUCGGGAGCCGGAAGCAACAUCAACCAAGCAACGGAAGCCCUCUGCUCCGUGAUCUUUGAGGCCUUGCUGAAAGCUUCAAAGGAGAAGGAGGCAGCAGGAAUGACCGAGUACGAGCUCAAUCUCCUGGAUGCUCCAAGCGGUGACUUCUUCUGGAUGCCCGGGUGUCUCUCGCGAAUGGCUUCCAAGCUUCCAGCCGGUGCCAGGCUCAACUACCAGGGAGUUGACGUUUCCGACGUGGCCACCGGCAUCGCCGAGGGCAAGAGAGCUUCCGCCCAAGCAUCCGUGCCGAAGGUCACCAUCGAGCCCUUCAAAACGCUCAACCUCGCGGAGGCCGGCAUCCUAGGACGGACCUUCCCAGCAAAGCACUUUGAUGUGAUCAACUGCCGGGAUGCCCUUCAGCACAACGCCAUGGAGCACGUGCACGCCAUUCUCGGCAACUUCAACCUGGCGGGAACCUGGCUCGUGAACGAUGUCGACACUGCGGGAUCGAACGGCAAAGAUAUCCGGGCAGGGCAAUUCAGGGCCAUCGACAUCACCGCAGCUCCCUUCAACAACGUGCCAGAAUGCCUUGAGGUUGGCCCAAUCAAAAGGAAAGAGAAUGAGAAUUUUGGUAUCUUUAAGCUGCCUGUGACAGCUUGA